AUGGAGUGGGAUCCUAGCCAGUUCUUUCGUCCAGGUGCUCAUGCCUCGCCAUAUGCCUUGCUGGUGUUGAACCAGCCAAUCAACGAAACGGCCUUUGGGGUAUUAAGUGAACAUGCUUCCUACAUCAUCUGUGCUGAUGGCGGGGCAAACCGUCUAUAUGACAUGCUGAAGCAUCAUGGGAAAGAAUCUACAGUUCUCCCAGACAGGAUAAUGGGUGACUUGGAUUCUCUUAAGCCAGCAGUAAAGGAGCACUAUGAAAAGCUUGAUGUUCCAAUCAAUAAAGAUCCAGACCAAUACUCUACAGACUUCACCAAAUGUCUGAAAUAUCUCAACGAACACGCUUCAGAGAUCAUCGCAUCUCCCCGCAAGCAGGCAAAAACCCCCAGCCUGAACGCAAACUCGACAUUGGAAAUGGUUAUCCUGGGCGGUCUUGGCGGUCGUGUCGACCAAGCAUUCUCGCAAAUCCACCAUUUAUACAUGAUGACGCAGACGCAGCGUGAACUACGCGAAUCUCAACAGGACUCGAGCCAAGAUAAGGAGAUCAACACAAGCUCAAACUCAAGCUCGAAGCCAAACCAAGCUUCUGGCGGUAAUCUCUACCUCGUCUCUGAAGAAAGCAUCACAUUCGUUCUACAGAAGGGGAAGAAUAUAAUCCAUACGCCGGCCACGAAACGUCCCCAGGUUGAUAUCCAGCAAUCAGAAUGCGAUGACGCGCUUGAAUCACGGAAACGAAAGCGGGUCCAGAAUCAGGACCAGGACCAAGGCUCCGCCACGGAGACUGACAGUGCCGAUGAUUCUCCGGAAUAUCUGUUCGAAGAGAAUAUCGGUAUUAUCCCACUCUCGGCACCAGCAUCGAUUACCACACAUGGUUUUGAAUGGGAUGUGGAGGACUGGCAUACUGAGAUUGGAGGACAGCUUUCGACUAGCAAUCAUAUUCGUGCUGACGUGGUAUCGGUCGAGACGUCGGUUCCGGUGCUAUUCACGGUGGAAUUGGCGGAGAGAUUGAAACGUUGA